AUGGGCGACCGCUAUGUAGAGUUUGUCAGAAGCCUUCGCAGUAGUCUAUCGCGAUGUGAACACUUCACCAAGAUAGCUGAACUCUACUUGGAGGGAGGCGACGAUCUAUCCGCUGAAACCCACAUAUCGAGAGCUGCCAUGCUAGUUCCAGAUCUGGGUUCCGACAAUGUGGCGCUACUGUUGAGGUUUAAGGUAUGCCAGGCUAGGAUAUUCGAUGCGAGACGGAAGUUCCUCGAUGCUGCCUAUAAGUAUGUCUUCUAUACUGGACUCCAGUGGUAUUUGGAGGUAGCUCUAGGUCCAUACAGCUCCUCUAUCGACUCGGAUGAUGUAUCACAAUUACUGCUUGGGGCUGCUCGUUGUAUCGUCUUGGCCCCUGCUGGUCCUAAGAAGAGGCGAAUACUACAGAUGAUGACUAGCGACCCUAGGUGCGAACAGGCAGUACCAUCUUGUUGUGAGUGGGAUGUCCUCACAAAGGUGAAGAACUAUAGGGUUAUAUAUCCCAAAGAGUUGAAGGAGUUCGAGAAGGGUCUGAGUGAACAUCAUCUAGCACUAGGUCCGGACGGUAUGACCGUCCUCUCUCGUGCUAUAACUGAGCAUAACAUAGUAGCCAUAUCCCACCAGUACAACAACAUAUCUCUAGCACGACUUGGUGAUAUCCUAGAUAGAACGCCAGCUCAAGUGGAGGUGUUAGCAUCCAAUAUGAUCGCCGAGGGACGAUUGAAGGCCAGGAUAGACCAACUACUCCAGUACAUGCUCUUCGAUCACUUUGAUUCGGAUACAAUGUUGGCUGUAUCAGGAUGGGGGAAGAAUGACGGGGUUUUUAAUGACGAUUCUACUCUCCUCCAAGACUUGGUAUUACAGUGA